ACUGGGAAAGAGGUGAAAUUAUAUACUGCUGUAAAAAAAUUAAUAAUGUUAAUUUAAAAAGAGAUCUUUAGAAAAUAUUUUUAUUUAAUAUUAUUUUGCAUGUGUAAGAAGACUUCAAACGGCUUGCAAAAUAUUCUUAACGGUUAUUUUGUAUCACAUUUUUAGAAAUAAUAUAUACAACUUGAGCAUAAACAGUGAACACGCUGAAAAACUAAUUACACAAACCUUAAACUUAAUUUGUUAUUUGUUCAUAUAUUUUCCAAGCCGUUUCUCAACUUUGACAUUUGUUAGAUAAGACAACAGUUUUUAAAUACUUUGGGCGUUAUUAACUGUAAAAUAUGUUAUUUUUUAAAUAACGAAAUCCUUAGGUAAGACCCACUGUGUCCCAUUAUCUUCUUCAAUGAAGUUUUAUGUUCUUCUAAUGACAACUCGAAAAAAAUCAAUCUUGUUAUCUAGCAAGCGUUAAAAGCACUCAAGAGAUAAACGUAAAUCAGAGAUACUAAAAAGUCCCCCCAUUCGGCGUUAAACCGCCAGAAAUGCUAGCCUGGCAUCUUUGGUUGCCAGCAAUAUGGCGGACUUGUGGUGACAACGUCACCCAGGUCGAUAAUGGUCUGCUCCUCCAAGGCUGGGCUCUUAUCUCCUGUAGAGAACGCAAAGAUGUUCGUGGAAGCGGAACCAAUGCCAGGGCCACGUCAGCCGCAGCUAUAGGCAAAUCGCAAGAAGCCGGCGAUAAGGCGGCAUUCAAUAUGUAUAAUACGACAAUCCCGAUUGUGAACGUUGUCAAGCCGGGCAUUAUGUCAUCUUCAACUGCUGUUGCCCCCCAGUUCUCAUUCAAAUUCGAGUGCGUGGAUGCGUACCUAAUUGCAGUCGUGGCUCCGAGGAGCUGCACUUGGGCAAUGGGAAUUCAACACGUGGAAUUUGCAUAAUGACAGCAUCUGCUGAAUGUUAUAGCCGGCUCAUUCCUAGAGGCGCUGCUCCAGAUCCGUGGCAAAUCUAGCGCAUAAUUGUCGCUAAUAGUUUGAAACUUUACACUCGGAUUAAUAUUCAACAAAAGGGUAUAGAAUAGAUAAUCUGAUUUCCGUCUUAAUAAUUUCCAUUCAUUUACAUGCCAUAGAAACUGAUGAAGUCUUCUGAUGAUAGUCAUCCGUAUGUUAAUGAAACCCAUUAGAACCAAAGUUCAGAUUACAAUUUUAAAACAAUUUAUCCCAGGCAGUCAAGCUUUUAAUUCAAUUUACCAACCAAAUUUGAAAUUUUACAGUUGACAUGGUACAAAAAAUUAAGUUUAUCUGGAUCUUCAUUUAAUUUAUGUGUAAUAAUAAUAAAAAGAUCAACAUAAUGGUAAAUUUACAUUGUUAAUAAAGUUAAAAAUUAGAAGAAAAAAAAGUAAAAAAAAAAACUAGUUUAAGCUCUUAUAAUUUAUAAGUCAAGCUAAAUACUUCACAAUUCAAUUAAAAGCUAAUUAAUUAUAUAUUGUUGGGAUCUAUAAAAAGAUCAUGAUGACCUCGACAAAAUACAAAUCUAGGAGCAAUUAAUGCUGUUGUUAUUCAGUUCUAGAACUAAUAACAGGUAUGCCUUUUUACUUUCUUUUAAGUGGCCUAAUUGCAAACCAGUUUAUAAGCUCUCAAAAGUUUGAUGAAUAGUCUUUCGUUUGCUAACUGUAGUUUCUUUGCUGGAUCUUUACAGACGCCCCAUGGUGCGGACACUGCAAGGCUCUGGCUCCCGAAUACGCCAAGGCU